AUGGAUCACCAAGAAACAUCUGCUGAACUCCCGCCACAUAUUCUUAUCUUCCCUUUACCAAUGCAAGGCCAUGUGAACUCUAUGCUCAAGCUCGCGGAGCUUCUCUGCCUCCACGAACUCCACAUCACGAUGCUCCUCUCCGAAUUCACCCACCGCCGUCUCGUCCUCCACGCCAAUGCCCAGUCCCGAUUCGCCCGCUACCCCGGAUUUCGCUUUGUCACCAUGCCUGAUGGCCUCCCAGAAGACCACCCCCGCGCCGGCGAGCGAACCAUAGAGAUCAUGUUGAGUCUUAGGAAAACUGGGGAACCGGAGUUUCGUAGGCUGAUGGAGUCCACCGAUCGCCUGAGUGACGUCGGUGAUCGAAGGCCCGUUACUUGUGUUAUCAUGGACGGGGUGUUGAGUUUUUCGCUUCCUGUGCUUAAAGAGAUGGGAAUUCCAUAUAUUUACUUCAGGACAGUUGGGGCAUGCUCCUUCUGGGCCAAUUUUUGCAUCCAAGAAAUUAUUGAUGCCGGCGAGGUGCCUCUAAGAGGGAAGGAUGAAGAUAAAUAUACAUAUUGGAAAAAGAAGGAGAUGGAUUUAAUGGUAACAAGUGUGCCGGGUAUGGAGGGAUUUCUCCGGCGGCGCGACCUUCCGGGGUUUUGCCGGGUGAGUGAUGUUAAUGAUACAGGCUUCCAGGCUAUCAAAACAGAGACUAGAAGAAGCACUCAAGCUAGAGCACUCAUACUAAACACAUUUGAAGAUCUGGAAGGACCAAUUCUUGAUCAAAUUCGGAAACAUAUUCCAAAUCUGUAUUCCGUCGGUCCACUCCACACUCAUUUGAAGGCCCGAUUGGCAGCGAAAACAAGUGAAUCCUCUCGUGCUUCGGGCAGUUUCUGGGAGGAAGACAAAAGCUGCCUGACCUGGCUCGACUCGCAGCCUGCAAAAUCUGUGAUUUAUGUGAGCUUUGGAAGCGUCACAAUAUUAACUCGAAACGAGCUCUUGGAGUUUUGGUAUGGGCUAGUGAAUAGUGGGCAGAGGUUCUUGUGGGUAAUGAGACCAGAUUCUAUUGUUGGAAAUGACAAGGAGAGUCAGAUUCCAGUGGAGCUAGAUGAAGGUACAAAGGCAAGAGGCUACAUGGUGGGAUGGGCACCUCAAGAAGACGUCUUGGCCCAUCCAGCGGUUUGCGCAUUUUUCACCCAUAGUGGAUGGAAUUCGACUCUGGAGAGUGUAGCAGGGGGAAUGCCUAUGCUUUGUUGGCCUUAUUUUGCAGAUCAGACAAUAAACAGUAGGUUUGUUAGUGAUGUUUGGAAGCUCGGAUUGGAUAUAAAAGAUACUUGUGAUCGAGUGAUCAUCGAGAAGAUGGUUAGGGAUAUAAUGGUGGAGAGAAGGGAUAAGUUCUGGCAAAGGGCUAAUCGUAUGGCAAAUUUGGGGAAAAAGGCUAUCAGUGAAGGUGGUUCUUCAUACUGUAAUUUGGACAGACUGAUCGAGUUUUUAAGGGGCAUGAUUGUAUGA